UGACACCAUUGACCGUGGAGAUGGACAGCCUCACGCCGUCUGACCUCUUUUCGCCUUCAAAAGCUCGGCAGCAGCGUGCAAGAGCUCAGGACUGGGCACACAUCGAAUCAUGGCUGUCGUAUAAGUAUGCCGGGCGCACAAUGCCUGCCUUUGAGCGCAAUGAGGAGACACUUAAAGUGUUGCGCGAGCUGUCAAUGGCGAAUGAGAGGGCGGAUGAAGAGCGCGCAGUCCUAGAGAGGGUAGAGCGGGAGGCUUUGAAAGAGCUUGACGAGGUAACCACCAACCCAAAUGGUGCUCAUAUCCUCUCUACGCUCCGCGCAAACCUCACGCCCGAGGGAUCAACGGCUCUUGCUGCGCUCGCCUCUACCACGAUCGCUCUUUCGACACCAACAGCAGACCCGCAAACCCUCGCCCACGCCCUGAUCUCGUACACAGCUACAACGCAGAACCUCACAAACCAGCUCACGCACAUCCAGGACCUGCAAAAAUACCUCUCAAAACAACAUGCUCUAUUGCGUGCACAGCUCCACGAGUUACAAACCGACCCCUUGUUCUCCGCCCCAGCCUCUCUCCAGCGCCAGACAAUCGAGCAAACACGGCAGACUAAGCAUCUGCGCUCCAAGAUUCGGGAGGCAGAGUCGCAGCUCUCCUCUCUCCAAUCAAGCCAUGCGCGUGCUAUGACGCCCGGAUCGAAGAACAUAGCGACUGUAGAGGCGAUCACGGAUAUGCUGGAACAGCAGCGCGCAUCGGAAGAGUUGAGGGAGAGAGUGCAAGCACUGGAAGAGGAGGUCGAACAGUUCGGGGGACUGCCGGCUGAUUUGACAGCGGCGCGAAAGGAGGUGGGACGUUUGGAGGUCAGGUGCGAUGAGGUGAGGAGGAGGAGAGAUGAAUUAUUUGAAGAGCUGGUGGGUUGACUAGACGCGAGCAAGAGGUCAAAAAAGGGCAAUUACAAAUUGGCGC